AUGUCAGAGAAGCAAAAUUUUACUAUAUCACUUGUCGAAUCUCCAGGGACCAUAAAAAAUGCAGAUUACGUUGAUAAUAGCGCAGCACUAAUAUAUGUUAUGUAUUUAUUAGGGAUUACGCCAAGCCUUUUCGAACAAUUCGUUGGUGCCCCACAAGAAGCUUUAGAUGAAUACACGUUCACACAGGUUUUGGGUCAUCACGAGGCCAAACGACAACUUAAAGAGCAUUGGUCGACAUGGGUCACUGAAAAGGAUAUAGAAACAUUAGCUUCUUAUGGAUUAAAUCAUCUGAGAAUACCCGUCGGUUAUUGGGCCUUUGAUAAGACGCCAGAGGAACCGUUUGUCAAGGGUGCUUUCAAAUAUUUGCAGAAAGCAGUCAGAUGGGCCAAGAAAUAUAAUUUAAAAGUCGUUCUCGAUUUACAUGGUGCACCAGGCUCUCAGAAUGGAUUCGACAAUAGCGGUAAGCGAGGUCCUGUCGGAUGGCAAACCAGUUCAACGGAUAAUAUCCCACGUACUAUUAAAGCCGUUAAAAUCAUGACCGAAAAGUUUAAUAGCCCAGAAUUCAAAAAUACUGUUUCCGCCAUCAACGUUCUUAAUGAGCCCGCCUGGCAAGUAGCUUAUCAUUCCUCUCUCUCAAAUUUAAAUUCAUACAAAGUUAUUCGUCACUUGAACAGCGAUAUUUUAGUUGUAUUUCAUACUGCAUUUUUACCUUUAAAAACAUGGCAAAAUUUUCUAAGUUCUUCAGAGUUCGAUCGAGUUGUGUUGGAUACUCAUAGCUAUGCAGUUUUUGACUACUCUUUAUUGGCUUUGAAUCCCGAACAGCGACUAUUGAAUUUUUCCUGUUCAAAUAAAGCAGACAUUACUUCUAAUCAAGGAAUUUGGACAUUGGUUGGAGAAUGGAGCCUUGCUAUAACCGAUUGCACAAAAUGGUUAAAUGGCUUUGGCCGUGGUGCUAGAUAUGAUGGAACUUAUGAAAAAAAUCGUGGCCCUAUUUGUCCUAACUGCACGUGUCAAGGUGAAGGUAAUUAUUCGAAUUGGGCGAAUGAUUAUAAAAAUUAUCUAAAACAAUAUGCGUCAGCUCAAAUGGAUGCUUAUGAAGCUGGAAUUGGUUGGAUUUUCUGGAAUUUUAAAGCAGAAAAUUCGCCUCAUUGGGAUUUUAUGCUUGGAAUCAGAGAAGGUUGGAUCCCACGUACACCUGAGGAACGAGCAUAUGCUUGUCCUUAA